GCAGGGGAAGAUUUUACAUUUAUACCCCCUCCAAAGUGACAGUCAGGAACACCAGAAUCUUUGAAUUUUGAAAAUAACCAGAUAACUACUGUACUACUUAUACUAGGCAUAUGGGGCCUACUACUACUAGUACUACUACUAGUUCUAGGCCUAUAUCCAGUUGUGUAUAACAAAUGCCUGGCGCAAUCUCAAUCUGUCAUUUUAAAAAUAUUAUUUCAGAUUUAUUUCAAUAAAACUGGUGAAAAGUUUGGCUGCAAGUGGGCCUACCCGUACACUUUGAGUCUCAUUGGGGUCUACAGUCAAAACUGUGCCAAGAAUUUCAGACAAAAAACGGAACUUUCUUGUCCCAAGGUUGUGCCAAGCAUUUGCUCUGAACACAACUGGAUAGGCCCCUAGUACUACUGGCCUAGUCGUGCCAGUUCAUAGUUUCAAAGAUUUUGCUGUUCCAUACUGAUUUUAAGGGUAUAAAAUCUUUCCCCUAGAAGCGGCUUAAUUGACUGUAGCAAGGCCUGUCGCAUAUAAAACUAAAAGCCAAGACUACAGGUACACUGUAGGCCUACAUUUACAUGGAUCUGCAUGAUUGGUAGGGCCAGUUGGACAUUCCCACCAUUUGGAGAAACUAUUCAUAAGAAAAAGGCCAUAGGCAGACAAUUCACAUGAUUAAGUAGGCCCAUGGUGAACAUGUGAAGUUGUGUUGGGAUUAAAAUAAGAAAAAAGUAUUACACAGUACAAUGUAAAUAGGUGGUACAUUUAAGUAAAAAAAAGGGAAAGAAUUCCCACAGAUGCCACUGAUUUUCCUGGCAGUCACCUUUCAGCCAUCAGAAAGCUAAAUUACAUGUAUGUCCCAAAGUCAAAGUUAGCAGUGAAAAUAUUGAAAUAUUCACUAAGAAAAUACCAGCCUCAUAACGAGGGUUUGUGCACAUGUUGUCAAGCGGUGUCCUUAUGGAAUUCUUUUCAAAUACUGAUUCCAACUUCAGUAUCUCAAGAAGAAAUGAGCAAGUAGAUCAAGUCAGGAUUAUUGACCAGUUCAUCAUGCAUACUACAAAAGGCUUUCAGUGUCUGUAAGCUGCAUCAGACAAAAGGAACAUUGUUCAAUGUAAUUUACAUACUAUGAAUGACCAUUCUUCAUCCCUCUCUGUGGCUAUAAAUGGAUCCUUGUGAUUUGCCACCACGUCAUGAAUCAAGAUCAACAGAGAUGGGGAGGAGAGAAACGCAUCGAUGGAAUGCAGUGAUGUCGCUAGUUCACUAAAAAUUUCACCAAUCAUGUUAAGAUGUACAUGUAUGUUGAACUGCACAAAAAAACCACCCUCCCUCCCAAAGGUUUUUAAAAAAAGGUCACUCACCAAUUAAAUUUUUAUACAUGUAUGUGGCCUUAUGUUAUAACAGGUCCUCAUUGCAUUGUGCUAGUAAAAAUGGCUAUGGCAACCAAUGAUGCAGCCAACCUCUGGUCGCGAACAGUCAACUAGACUAUUCCCAAAAUACAGUAUAUGGUCCUAGAUCCAACUUGCCCAGUGUUGGGGCAGUGACAAGUUGUCUGUAACCACAGUAAGAUCAAUCAUGUCAGUAUGGCAGUCUUCAAAUAUUGGAAGGAUUAGAUCAUCAUGGUUUUUAUCAGUUCAAAUCAGUUCCUGAUGGCUGCAUUUUGUUUCCUAUAAGGCGAGUCACUUAUUCAAGGGGUGUACAUUGGUAAACGUGCCAAGCUGGUUUUGCUUGGCCUAAUGCAGAAAUACUUACCACAAUGAUAUAUGAACAGAUAUCAUCAAUGCACCAGCGGGGGGAAACGAGGGGGGAGGGGAGCAGGUCCCUCACGUUUUUGACUGGGGGACCUGCCCCCCACACUUUUUGCAGGAGAUAUAAUUGGGUGGGCCUCCAUGGAUUGAGCUAUUUAUGGCUGAUGUCUGAUGAUUAACAACUGAUGGGACCCCCCCCCGUUUGAAAAUCGUUCAGCUGCUGGUGUCUCAAUGCCUAACCAAGGGUCAACCAUGUGAAAUUAUCAUGUGAGUGGUGAUUCAUCAUGCCCCUUUCCUCCUGGAUGCAGUCCAUUACACAAAUAGUCUAGUUAAAUUUCAUUCCCUAGAACUAGAAUUCCAUGCACUUGGAAUAUUUGUUUGGUUAAUCUUUUUUAAUGUCUACUUCUCAAGAUUUGAAACACUAGUUACUGUUGGGAUUUCUGUUUAGAUUGUGAACCCCAAAUUUUGUCAUAAAAAAUUCUCCCGAAGAAACUUUUCUUCAACUGACCUCCAGUACAGUGUACAUGUACAUGUGCUUGUACCUUGCCUACUGUUGUGUGCAAAAACAAGGAAUCAAUAAAAAAUUUAAGAGAGCAAAAUAUAAAAAAUUGUGGCUUGCUUUUUUCCUAAAAUUGCUGUCACAAGAUUUUUUCCUGAAAUGCCAUCACCCAUUUGCUACAUGUAGAUGCAUAUUGAUAUUGGCAUAAAAUAAAGACCCCUAAAUGCCCUUAAAUAUAAUAAAGCCAAAAUUAAAAAUACAAGUAAGUUUGUAUUGGACACAAAAGUGCACUCAACUUACAUGUGUACAAGGCAUGCAAGGACUGCUUAAAAAAAAUUACAUAUUACAUAGGCCCUUCAAGUUUUUCAAUGUGUUCAUCUGCACUUUAAUUUUAUAAAACACUUUGCAUUCCAUCAGUAUCUUUUAUUGAUAGGUACUUUGGAGUACUUUAACAGAAAGUGCCGCAAAAUAAUUUCUAUUAUUAUCUUUUUAUUAUUAUUAAUAGCAAAGGGAUCAUCUCACUGGGUUCAUCAGAUAUAUGAAAUCUACAGACUUGACAGGAAGUGGAUGAGUCAUACAGACAAACAUGAUAGGUUUUUAGGGAUGUUCUCUUGAAUGGUAUUGAAGUAUUAAUUACUGCAAAUAAGGUAAAGUUUCUAUACAUUACCUUUAAUGCACAACUGCAGGCUAUUUUAAUGCACACUGUGAAUUACACUGUACUACGUGUAAAUCAUACAGCUGUCCUUUAUAUUUUAUGUUGUAUGGAGGAUUAUUGGAAAUUACCUUUAAUACACAUAUUUUUGUUUGUCAUCAGUGGCGAUUUAUGAGAUUGGUCAUUGAUGAUUUACUUGUUGAUCAGAAGGGAAUGGAGAUCCAAAUGUACCGACUUCUUUUUGUAGGUGUGUAACUGGUUGAAUGCUAUUUAUAUUUCUACUUGAAUAUGCAUCGAGAUUGGGUGUGUCGCUGUUUGACAAUUGCAGUGACACAACACUUGAUUCUGCCACAUGUGUGCAUCUCAGUUGAUCAUCGAUACAGGUUUCAGUGUAUGUUCACUUAUGUACAGUGUGUGAUUUGAGUGCUGUGCAUUUCAGCACACAUACGCGAACUCUGUGUAAGAGGCAUACCGUGUCUCUGCAUUGGAUGAUACCAGUCUUGGGCUGUGAGCUUUUAGUGCUGUCCAUUCUUGUUGGGUGUCUGUCUGUUUGCGGAUGAACUUGUAAACAAGGGCCAAUGCAGUCUGCUAGCCAGUUGGAAGAGAGCCUGAACGCCAGCCGGGCGAGGAUGACCAACCUGCAUGACGUGGCCAAGUGGCCCAUCUUCAGCCUGAUGGAGGUGGAGCUGCUCAACAGCAUCCACCAAGCCUGCGUCUUUGGCAGCGGGGGCAAUGAGGCCAUCUUCACCACCACGGACGGCGACGUCUACGCGCUGGGCAACAACCACAACAGCUGCCUGGGGCUAGGCGACAUCCAGAGCACGCUGGUGCCCCGCAAGAUCGAGCCGCUCUGUGGGAAAGGGGUGACGCUUAUGGCGUUUGGCAGUGGCCCGCAUGUGGUGGUGGCGACCGACAGCGGGGAGUUGUACAGCUGGGGUCACAACGGCUACUGCCAGCUGGGUAACGGUACCACCAGCCAGAGUCCUGAGAGGAUGGCUCCAUGUCUAAUAUCCAGCAGCCUGGGAGGCUGUAUGAUCACACAAGUGGCCUGUGGCAGCCACCAUACCUUGGUCCUGACAGACAAUGGCGAGGUAUUUGCUUGGGGCUACAACAACUGUGGUCAGGUUGGGUCGGGCGCGACGGCAAAUAUCAACACUCCAAGGAAAGUUUCCUCAUUGCUCAGUAAGAAAGUUGGGAAGCGUGUCAUGGCAGUAGCCUGUGGCCAGACGUCAUCUCUCGCACUGAUUGACAAUGGCGAGGUUUACGGCUGGGGUUAUAACGGCAACGGUCAACUAGGUCUGGGAAAUAACGUCAACCAGCCCAGUCCCUGCAGGGUCUCCAGCCUGUCCGGGGUGGUUAUAUCACAGAUAACGUGUGGCUAUGCCCACUCUAUGGCUCUCUCUGAUGAGGGCGUGUUGUAUUCAUGGGGUGCCAAUUCCUACGGCCAGUUGGGGACCGGCAAUAAAGCUAACCUGGUCACAGGCACCAGAGUAGGAACGGAUAUAGGAAGGUUCGUAGAGAUAGGCGCCACGCACUAUUCGCACAUCUCGGCGGCCAUGCUGCAGUCGGGCAAGGUCUACAUGUGGGGCCAGUGCAGGGGUCAAUCGGUGACCUCGCCGAUGGCCACCAAGUUCACCUGCCUGGAUGACGUCUUUGCCUGCUUCUCAUCGCCGGCUGUCACCUGGAGGCCCCUCCGAUUCGAAACAUUUGUGGGAAGGAGGGCCUUGGAAGAUUGUUUGAAGAAUUCAUUUGAUAAUCAGGAAUCCUCUGACUUGACUAUCUCACUGGAAGGCAAGAAUAUUCAUGUACAUAAAGCUAUUCUAAAAAUCAGGUGCGAGCACUUCCGCAGCAUGUUCCAAUCUCACUGGGAGGAAGACGGAAAAGAUGUUAUACAAAUCACGCAAUACUCCUAUCCAGUCUAUCGAGCAUUCCUGGAAUAUCUCUACACUGACACGGUCUCAGUCAAUCCUGAAGAUGCAAUAGGACUUUUGGACCUGGCCAACUCUUACUGUGAGUCGCACCUGAAGAAGCUGUGUGAGCGCAUCAUCAAGCAGGGCAUUAACGUGGAGAACACGCCCAUUCUCAUGGCGGCUGCUAUCAAGUACGAGGCAAAGGAGCUGGAAGAUUUCUGUUUCAAGUUUGCUGUCAAUCACAUGACAGCUGUCGUCCAAACCGAAGCGUUUCAAAACCUAGACGAUGGAUACGUGAAGGAUUUCCUGGCCAAAGCAGCACAGUGGGGUGCCUUUAAAUACUGACAAAAGGCCUCUGGGCAACUAGAGGCCCCUUGGCGACUGGAGGCACCUGGGCAACAAGAGGCCCCUGGGCAACUGGAGGCACCUGGGCAAUAGCACGUCCCUGGGCAGCUGGAGGCCCCUAGACAGUUUGAGGCACCUGGAGAACCUGUGGCCGCUAGCCAAUGGGAAGCCGCUGGACAACAAGAGUAGGACCCAGGCAGCUGAAGGCCCACGGGCUACAGCAAGCCUCAUGGAAUAUAAAAUCGUGAGCCACGUUUUCAUUCAAAUCAAGUGGAUAUGGACUGACAUCACCCUAUAUUUAUGAAACAAUAGCAUAUCAGAUGAAGGGAAUUCCUCGACUCUGAUUUUGUGCAACCAUGAAAGACUGAUUUGCACCAAGUUGCACCUACUAUUAACUUGUUCUACGAAAAACAAAGCUUGUCAACGAGUAAAUUGACUUCAUAACUUAGCUUUGGCUUUCUAAAAUGUGCAAAGUCUUUGUUAUUAAAUUUUUACUGCAUUGUAUCGAUAAGUGGAAUAGUGAAAUUGAUGUUUUGAAAUUGUAAAGUAAAUAUUGCGAGAAAUAAUUGACAUUGAGUACUCAAAAAGUAAAGUUGCAAAUCAUUUCUGUUCGCCAGAAUCAGUGAUUAUUGUUGGUUUGGAGGAUCCCCAGUGCGUCAGUUGUGUGUUAACAUAAAGCAUUCCUGACGCCACCUACUGUUCACGAAAACUGCAGUUAAGUUUGUUGUACAGUGUACUUUCAUCUGUGAUCUGCAUGGUUCCUAUAACAUUUUGCAAUCUGGGUUGGAUACCGUACAUGGGAUUUCAAAGUGGUUUCGGGUGAGAGUUUGGAUUCUGUUUGGCUAGUUCACAUACAUGAAUUGUCCAGUUCAAUCGGAAAUGCUUCGAUACACUUAGUUUUCAAUCUAAUCCCUCAUAAGUCGAUUAACAUGAUGUCGCAUUGGCCGACAGCCUCCUUAGAGUUUAGGAAAUUACCAACUUGAUAGGUAUUAAAUUUUGGGCGGGAUCAGUCGAUCUGUGUGAUCGCAUUGCGCUAGCGGUCAAUCCUUUAUGACAUCUCCACCUUUACGUGUACUCCCCUUUUUCGAAACAAUCUUCCACAACCGCAAAUCAGAAAAAUGGCCACUGGCUAAGUGCAGAAUUACCCGCGAAGCGUGCAAUAAGAUCGACUUAUCGCGCAAAGAUCGAGCGAUCGCACAGAUCGACUGAUCGUACCAAAUGUCACGUUUGUGCAAUUUUCAGCUUUUAGCCUUUUAUCCUACCAGUUUUAUAAAGCAGACGUUUUUCAUGCUAACAGUAGGUUGUGCAAUUGUAUUGUGUCAUCAGGCGGUACAAUGUGACGUUUAUUUAUAUUCGGGCAAAAUAUCAGUAGAGAAAAAUGUCAAUAGAACGAAGAGAAUGAAUGGUGUUGUGAGACUGACGUCUAAUUAGCGAUAAGUGUACUUUUUUAAAAGAAAAAUGGAAAAGAGAUUCUUUAAACAUCUUUAGUUCCAAGUGCUGCGUUGAAAUCCGUUUGUAAAUCGGUAACAACGAGAAUGAAAUGUGGUGCUAAAAAUACGCUCAUUUUCUCGUGGCUUUCACAUUUGAUACAUAUCACAUAUAGGCCUACACGUAUUGCAUUCCGUCUGGAAAUACGAUGGCCAAAAGUUCAAGGCAUGAUUUUGAGUGCACAAUCUGCCCAAUACAUUGUAGUCCCAUCCAUUGAUGUUCCUGUUUUUGUCGUAAAGUCUUAGAUAUACAUGGAGCUGUAUGUUGCCUCAAAAAUGACGGAGAAGGUCACUGCUAGGCUAUGGUAUGUGCCGAGGUUGAUCGGUCUCUGAAGGAUUUGGCGUCGAAGUCUAAACCUUGUCGUAAAAAUAGGAAACAUGACUCUUUUUCUGUUGGUGGGCACUUCCGAUCUUCAGCUUAAACGUGUCGAGCCAUAGAAUUUCCAGCACGUAAAGAAACACACACCCUCAGCACAGCACCGAUAAAGUGCCAUAAAUACUUAUUAUUACUGAUUCUAGGAUGAAGAUUCAGUCGUGUAUCAUUCCUGGUAUCGUAAUCACACCGCGUGUGCCGAGUGAAACUCGAGCGAGAUUUACAGGAGGUAAAGUCUUUGCUACGACCCCCCCCCGACCGCUUUCCUUCACAUUUGGCCCCUGGACUUGUGAACAUUGAUCAUUGAUUGUAUUCAUUGUCAGUUGCAAAUACAUGUAAACAUUUUUGUUUAUAUUUUCCUACGUGAAAUAAAUAUUCAUGCAUAGCGUCUUUUUCGUUCA